AUGUUGGAGAAGCGAAACUCUGUUGAACGCAGCAGAGGUGACACGGACGCCAGCAACAAGGACAUGGGCUCAACGCCCGCAGGCGCAGGCGCAGGCGCAACGGCAGGGCCUGGCGAGGCGGUGGCUGCUGCUGCUGCGGAAGAAAAAGAAGCCUCCGUGCCGCAGGAAGUAAUACGGAAUUCAGCCGCGAACUCUGUCCGGGAUGGCGGCUUUGGCGGCGACGACGACGAGAAGCGGGUAUCCACGGGCGGUGGUAACGAGACGAGGUCACCGUCACCGUCGCCUUCGAAUUCGGACUGUGAAUCGCAUCGGGAUGGCGGCAAGAAGGAUAGUCGCAAAGGAGUUAUUGGCGCGACAGUUGGUUUUCUCACGUGGACGCCGAGAAAGUUGCGAUAUGAUCCCGAGAAUCCUCCUCAAUUCACUCUCGGCCUCAACUUUCUGUUUGCAGUUGCGGCAACGUUCACCGUCGCCAACCUGUACUACAACCAACCGGUUCUCAACAGAAUCGCAGAGACAUUCAACGUCAGCUUCGAGAGGGCAUCGUCGGUCGCGACGCUGAUGCCUCAUCUGGGUGACAGCGAUGCUGGCCUAUCAUUCAUUGUCGGCGCCACAACAGUAACACCGCAACUCAUGCUCCCGCUCGUAGCAGACAUGGCGCCCCCCGAACGCAAAGCAAGCUCCCUCUCCAUAACGACAUCAGGCCUCAUGCUCGGCAUGCUCAUCGCGCGGCUGCUCUCGGGUAUCGUGGCGAACUACACCUCCUGGCGCAACAUCUACUGGUUCUCCUUCGGGGCGCAGAACCUGCUGCUGGUACUGCUCUUCUUCUUCGUGCCGGAUUACCCCUCGACGAACCCGGACGGGCUGAAUUACUUCCGCGCGCUGUGGACGAUUGUGACGAUGUUGUUCACGGAGCCGAUACUAGUCCAAGCAUGUCUGAUUGGAUUCUUCAUCAGUUCCAUCUUUACGUCCUUUUGGACGACGUUGACGUUCUUGUUGGCUUCGCCGCCGUAUGAGUACCCAUCCAUCACGAUCGGCCUGUUCUCGCUGAUCGGUAUCGCGGCGAUCUGCGGUGGGCCGGUGUAUGGACGAUUGAUUAUGGACCGAUACGUGCCGUGGCUGUCUUCUGUGCUCGGGCAGACGGUCAUUCUCAUCGGGUGUAUCAUUGGUGCUUUUACGGGUACUUUUACCGUUGCCGGCCCUGUGAUCCAGGCGAUUUGCAUCGAUAUGGGUAUUCAGACUGCGCAGACGGCCAACCGGACUGCGAUUUACACUAUCAACCCCAAGGCGAGGAACAGGGUGAACACGGCGUACAUGGUGUGCGUGUUUUGCGGCCAGUUGACGGUUGGAUUUAUCGGGUUGUCAUUGAUCAUCACCAUGCUCAAAGGCCCACGAGAGAAGAGCUGGAUCGGAUGGAGGGGCGGAUUCAAGCUGCGCAAAGACGCGCCGAAACAUCAGCCGGCCUCACCCGAAGAAUCACAGGGGCCGGUACAGGAGCCGGUGGAGAAAAGGACGGAUAUCGGCGCCGGUGGUGAGGGAAAUCGGCGGUGA